AUGACUGUUCUCCACUACCUCCCCAUUCUUGGCCUAACAACCGCAGCCUUGGCCGCACCACAUACCCGCCACAAACGCGUAGAGAUCCCAGCAGACUGUCUCACCGUUGGCGGAGACGGUACAUACUCCACAAUUGCCGACGCAAUUGCAGAACUGGGCUCUUCUACCUCCGAAGCCUGCAUCUCCAUCGCGGCCGGGACGUAUGAGGAACAGCUCACCUUCGAAUAUGGCGGCCCAUUGACCCUCUACGGCGAGACAACUGAUUCAACCAGCUAUAGUGGGAAUACCGUCACUAUAACUCAUACCAUGACGUCCACCGAAGCGGGUGACCUCGUCGGUAGUGCGACUGUCAAUGUCGCCAUGGACGACUUUGCCAUGUACAAUAUUAAUGUUGUCAAUGGCUAUGGCGAAGGGACUCAGGCUGUUGCACUGGCAGCUAGCGGAGAGCGUCAAGGCUACUACGGCUGCCAGUUCACCGGCUACCAAGACACACUCUACGCUCGCGAGGGUAUCCAGUACUACUCCAAUUCCUACAUCGAAGGCGCAACGGACUACAUCUUCGGCGACGCCAGUUCUUGGUACGAGAGCUGCGACAUCGUCUCCUCAGGCCACGGCUACAUCACCGCCAUGAGCCGAGAAACCGAGGACGACCCCUCCUGGUACGCGUUCAACAACUGCAACAUCGCCGGGAAAUCCGGGACGGAUCUGAGCGAGCAGGUGUACCUGGGUCGGCCGUGGCGGGUGCUUGCGCGGGUGAUAUACCAGAACUCGCAGCUCAGCGAUAUUAUCCACCCCGAGGGAUGGACGGAGAUGGAGGAGGGGGCGACGCCGUUGUAUUAUGAGAUUGGGAAUACGGGGGAUGGGGCGGAUACGUCGGACAGGAAGUAUUUGACUGAGAUUGAUGCGGCGGUGGAUAGGGAGACGGUGCUGGGGAGUGGGUGGGCGGAUUGGGUUGAUGGGGAUUAUUGA